GGAUUUAAAAUCUACAAUUUUAAAGCCCGUUAUCCAUUGGGUACAAACUCUAAUAUUUUAAUUUGGGUAGGUGGUGGUUCACUGUUGGGUAUUUAACAUUUGUGUUGAUUAGUUUGAUCGCAACCUCGCUUUGGUCUUUUCGAAAUACGACGGCAAGGUUUCAGAAGACGAAAAUUGGACGAGAAAAUAAUCUUCUUAAAAAAAGUUGAAAUAACACCUGAAAUAGUUUCAGAUCAUGUAUAGGAGGUCCGGCAGAAAAAGGGUGCCGACAAGCAGGGCAAAUAAUGGAGGCGCAGCGGCAGCUGCAAAGAAGUCGAAACAGCAACAGGAAGAGGCGACUGCUAAUAUUGCAGAUAGAUUAGCCAGGAAUUUACCUAGUUCAAGUGGAACACCACCUGUACAGCUCGGCUCAAACACUGUGACAACUAAUGUACUACCACAGAGCCCAAUAAUGAUCCCAGCAACACUGCCAGCAGAAACAAUUUACCCUGCUCCAGGUAAUACAUUACACCAACCCCUAAUUAACACAGGUUAUGCCUUACCCAUUGAAACGGUUAAGGCGUCAGAUGACAUAGCGCGAAACGUUUCGCAAAAUGUCAAACAAAAAGUAAUAAAUGGGGAAUAUGUAGAUAUGGGCAGUUUGUUAAAUAAUUCACAAAACAUAACAGGAGUGAAUCAAACACUUACAUUUAAUCAGGGACAGAUUAUAUUACAACCUAGGCAACAGGACACAAGAAUUACCACAAUAGGUAUAUGGACGGAUGCCUUUUUAAUAUAUAUCAGUAUUUAUUGUUCUAUACAUACAUCUCAGUUCCAAGAACUGUUGAAGUAUAUGCAAACUGUCAGGUUAGGGGCUAAACGCUAUGCAGGUUUAGGAUGGAAAUUGUAUGAUGAACAGUUUAGACUACGUAGAUCACAGGAUCCUGCUGGAUCCUGGUCUGUCAUAGACACUGAGCUAUGGUUAUUGUAUAUGCAACCAGCAGGUCCUAUUAAUGGGCCAGAGUUCAAUAUUGCACAAAAACCAACAAACAAUUUUCUUAAAUGUUAUGCAUAUAAUUAUAAUGGGACGUGCACCCAACAAUAUUGCACAUACAAACAUGCUUGUUUAAAAUGCAGUGGGGUACAUCCGGUUAUACAUUGCACUAAUAGCAAAGUGACUAACUCUAAUAAUCCUCAGUCACCUGGGAUUGUUCAGAGAUUCAGAUCAGCCCGGCCUCAAGCACCACAGAAAACAGCUUCUAAUUUUCAACCCUUUGCACCUAGGCAAAUGCAAAAUAACACAAGAUUCCGUUCUCCUGGAGCAUUUAUGGGACAAAGGCAAAACCCCAGUCAAAAUUGAAUCAUUAAGAGAAUUACUGUCAAAUUAUGAAAACAAAACAGAUGCAGCAAUGUUAUUAUUGGGAUUUAUAGAGGGGUUUAGAUUAAACUAUACUGGUCCAAGGAUCUCGAGUUUUGCAAGCAAUCUCAUUUCGGCAGAAGUUCACAAAACCGAAACGAAUUUAAAAUUACAAAAAGAAGUGCAUCUUGGUAGAAUGUUGGGCCCCUUUUCAAAAAUACCAAUUUCAACUUUAAGAAUAUCUCCUAUUGGGGUAGUUGCAAAAAAUGACGGAGGAUGGCGUCUUAUAACUCACUUGUCAUAUCCUACAAACUGGAGUGUGAAUGAUUUCAUUGAUCCAGAAAUUUGUAAAGUAAAGUAUUCUUCUUUUGAUAAAGUAGUUGGGAUGAUCUCUGAAUUAGGAAAUAACGUGCUUUGCGCAAAAAUGGACAUUAGUCAGGCCUUUAGAAUUUUAUUGGUUCACCCAGCUGAUUUUGACCUUCUGGGAAUUUUCUUUGAUGGGAAAUAUUAUAUUAAUAAAUGUCUGCCUGAAGGCUGCUCUAUAUCAUGUGCCCUCUUUGAAAAAUUUGCCACCUUUUUGCAUAAAACAGUUGCAUUGAAAGCUGGCAUUGAGACUUUAGACCACUAUUUGGAUGACUUUUUCUUUGCUGGUGAAAGUUCAACGGAUAAUUGUACCAUUUUGAUGGACACUUUUAAUGAAGUAUGUAGGCAGUUAGGUGUUCCACUAGCAGAGAAUAAAACAGUAGGUCCUACUACAUGUAUCACAUUUCUAGGCCUUGAAAUUGACACAGUACUUAUGUUGGUUAGAAUCCCCCCUGAAAAACUGGAUAAACUUAAAUUUAUGCUUGAUCAGGUCUUGUCAAAAAAGAAAAUGGCACUGAAGGAACUUGAAUCAAUUACUGGUUUAAUGGCAUUUUGUUCAAGGGCUAUUAUAUCAGCCCGUGCAUUCAUUCGUCGUUUUUACGAUUUGAUAGCUUCAGUUAAGAAUGGAAAGCCUUAUUAUACUGUCAGAUUGAAUUCAGAGGUCAAAGCAGAUGCUAGAGUUUGGUUAAAUUUUCUAGAUCAAUUCAAUGGUCAGUGUUAUUUUCCUGAUAGAUGUUGGUCGACUAAUGAAAGUCUGGAAUUAUUCACUGAUAGUGCAGGUAAUGUUUUAUUAGGUUGUGGAGCUUAUUUUCAAGGUCACUGGGUACAAUACCAGUGGCCCCGUAGUUGGGCUGAUACUAGCAUUCUAUUGGAUAUAACAUGUUUGGAGCUUAUUCCCAUCGUGCUGUCUUUCAUGAUAUGGGGUCCUUCAUUUAGAAAUAAAAAGAUUUUGUUGAGAAUAGAUAAUCAGGCAUUAGUAAGCAUUGUGAACAAAAGAACAUCAAAAUCAAAGAGAGUUAUGAUAUGGAUAAGACAACUAGUUUUUCUCACUAUGAACAAUAACAUACAAUUUAGGGCACAACAUAUUGAGGGUGAGCAUAAUGCAAUCGCAGAUGCUCUUUCUCGAUUUCAGGAACAACGUUUUAUGGACUUGGUCCCGAAUGCAGACAGUUCUCCAGCAGCAAUCCCACAAGAAUUCCUGUCGAUGAUUUCAGAACUGAAAUGAAUCACUUACUUAUAAAUUCAUUAGCACCCAGUACACAGAGAGCAUAUUUGCAUAGCAUGGACAUAUUUGUUAAAUUCAGAGAAAAUCAUGGUUUUUCUGAUGUCUGGCCUAUUCCGCUUGAUGACUUGACAUCAUUCAUUGUUUAUAUGUUUAGAAAGAAAUUGUCCCACUCAACAGUAUCUGGCUAUAUAUCAGGCUUAAGUUACUUUAAUAAAAUCAACAA